UCUUGUUCUGAUAGAGAGGUACUGGGAAAGACUUAAAGAAAGAGAAAAGAGAGAGAACAUUAGUAGGAGGAGUGGAGAGAAGAGAAGAGAGGGAGGGAGGCUGUAGACUUGGUUGGCUGCGAGGAAGUCUCUAGGGGCGGAGCACGUAUUUAAACGAGGAAAUAGAUUUAGACAGAGAAAGGAAGAGGAAGAGAGUCUGUAAAAGUUGGGAGCAGAGAGGAGAGAGAGGAGCAUGGGUAUCUCUCGUCAAACCAUAAAGCCUUCGCCUCGAAGAGCCAAUAGCCUCAGCCGCGCCGGGACGCCACAAACACCCCGACACACCCGCCUCAACGCCGGACAGACGCGCAUCACCACGCCCAUACGGACCGUUCAGAUCCGACCAAUGCCGACGCGGACCACGCCCACACUCACACGCAGGCCACAAACCCACGGCGCCCAGACGUUCGCAGCACACACACACCUGAUGCCGCCACACAUCGCGGGGCGCAGGUUUUCACGGGAAGACAGGAGACCGAGUUUGCAGGCUCUCGCCACUGACCAUCACACUGGCUGCUCCUUCUACUGCUAUCUCUGCUACAGCUGUUACUGCUGCUGCCUCACCCUGCUCUCUUUCUCUCUCCUCCUCCUCCUCUCCCCUCCUCCCCGCACCAUCACUCCCACUGCCUCUCACUCCUCCUCCUCCUCCUCUCUACCUGUUUCUCGAACUCCACCUCCCUCCCUCCCUUCCUCCCCAUCCUACCCUCCUCCAUCACCACCGGUUUCUCCCUUCUGUCCUGUACCUCCUUGUAUCCUCCCCGUUCAUGAUUCCUUCACUAUCCUCCGCUCUUGCCCACCUCCCUGUCCCCUCAACCUAUCAUGUCCUCUCUCUCCAAACUCUCCUGUAUUCCCCUCCACCUCUUCCCACCGCUCCACCCCCCCCUCCUUUACUGCUACCCCUUCCACUCCUCCUUCUCCUCUCUCCUCCCCUCUCCUCCACCACCCUAACCUCUGCCACCCCCGGCCCUCGUCCUCCCAUCGCUCCCUCCCCUCUCUGCUGCUCUGUCCUCCCAGCUUUGGGGAUUCAGUAGGGGCUCUGUCCUCUGCUUCCACCCUGGAUCCCCUCCCCUCUGCUGGGCCGCUGGCCCGGCCACGCACCCUGCUACGCCAGCAGAGUCUCCAGCAGCCUCUCAUCCACCCACCCGUCCCAAGCCUCCUCACCCACCUCCCACCCACCUCCUCCCAGAGCCUGGGUCAGAUACACCAGGUUCCCCCACUGGGGCCCAGUCAGCCAGGGGGAGGCGUGGGCAGUGGGGGAGGAUGUGGAGGAACGCAACGAGGCCCCAGGGGGGUGCGAGGGAGCCCGGCGGGGGCAGGCGCCUCACGGUACAGGGGAGGAGGAGGAAGAGGUAACCCUGGGUCCUGGGAUCACAUGAUGGGCCAGUUGAAAAACAGAGGCCUGGAUGCCAAGUCCUUCCUCGAAGGGAAGAUUGUGGUUCUGUCUUUGGCUAUUGGUUUGGCUGAGCAAGAUGACUUUGCCAAUAUCCCUGAUCCAAUCACCUCCAUGCAGGAAGCACCACCAGCCAAUCAGGAAGCACUUCCUCCUCCACCUGACAAGAGGGGCGUGGGCAACAAGCCAUGCAACAGUCCCAAGGGCCACCCCCCCGACGGACACUCCUCAGUCACCGAUCUGGCCAACUCUCUCACCGGAGACAUGGUCAUGCUGUCCCCGGGAUCAGAGGAUGACGAUGGUGAAGGUGCUGUCAGUGAGAAGCUGGGACGGAUCCAGUUCUCUGUUGGUUACAGCUUCCAGGACUCCACUCUGACCGUCAAGAUUCUCAAGGGCCAGGAGCUACCAGCCAAGGACUUCUCUGGGACCUCUGACCCCUUCGUCAAAAUCUACCUGCUUCCUGACAAGAAGCACAAACUGGAGACCAAGAUCAAGAGGAAGAACCUCAACCCUCACUGGAACGAGACCUUCCUGUUCGAAGGUUUCCCAUACGAGAAAGUGAGGGAGAGGACUCUGUACCUGCAGGUGUUGGACUUUGACCGGUUCAGUCGCAACGACCCCAUCGGGGAGGUUUCCAUCCCUCUCAACAAACUCAGUGACCUGGGACACAUGCAGACCUUCUGGAAGGAACUCAAACCCUGCAUGGAUGGAGCUGGGAGGCGAGGGGACCUGCUGGUGUCUCUGUGCUAUAACCCAACAGCCAACACCAUCACUGUGAACAUCAUCAAAGCACGCAAUCUCAAAGCCAUGGACAUAGGAGGAACAUCGGACCCCUAUGUGAAACUUUGGCUGAUGCACAAGGACAAACGCAUUGAGAAGAAGAAGACAGUGACAAUAAAGCGUUGUCUCAACCCCGUCUUCAAUGAGUCUUUCCCCUUCGAGGUUCCGGCCCACGUCCUCCGGGAGACCACCAUCAUCAUCACGGUCAUGGACAAGGACCGGCUCAGCCGCAACGAUGUCAUCGGCAAGAUCUACCUAUCAUGGAAGAGUGGUCCAGCGGAAGUGAAACACUGGAAGGACAUGAUGGGCCGGCCGCGUACCAAUGUGGCCCAAUGGCACGCUCUCAAGGCCUGAUGGUCCCGCCUACUUCCUCUUCAGUGACCCCAUACCCUCCCCCUCCCUCCAACGUCCAAUCCCCAUCCUUAUGCACAACACUGACUAGCUACCAGGCUGCAAAAUACGGGUACAAUUAGCCAUCCGCUCUCAUUACCUUUAGACCCCUCUGCCCUCCUCUGCCCUCCUCUCUUCUCCUCUCUGCCCUCCUCUCUUCUCCUCUCUUCUCCUCUCUGCCCUCCUCUCUUCUCCUCUCUGCCCUCCUCU